UUUCAAACUGAAUGGACAUCCAAAUACACGUUCUUUACGAUGCUGCUUUGCAUAGCGCCCUUCUAUAGCGGGAAGACCUUCUUGGGGUCUUUGAAACCCUUCCUACAGAUAUAUACACCGCUUCUCGUUCCACACUCAAUUCAAACAUGCUCACCUGCAAACGCCACGGGUGGGCCUCUACUCAAUCCUGUAGACUGUAUCAUCAUCGAGCUUUCUUCUCAUAUGCAGCACAACAGCGGGACUUGUCAUUCUGCGCCGGUGCCGCCCAGACUGGAUGUUGGCAACGCACCCACCCCUCGGGCCCACUUGCCCUGUUGUGCAAGAUUCGAGAUUUACAAAGAGCCCAACCUAUUUGUAUUAUGCCUCCUACUAUGGCUGAUUCUCCUCGGAUCUGCAUAGCAAAUCAUACAUGUUCAAUGUUCUUGUACUGGCUUGAGCUUUCGCACUCGGAUACCAUGACUACUGCAUGGAUUGUUCGGCGCACAAACUUGAGCUCGAUACCACGGAACCGAAUUUUCAUACAAGCUAUGCAACCUACGCAUACGUGUCCUACGCAGUCUGUUCUCUUCCCCUCUCUGUACUCCAGAAGACACAAACAUCAACGCUCUUAUGACAUGUGCAGCUCAUUCGAGAGCAAUUGACUUUGAUCGUACUUUCGCGUCCAGAUUAGCACGAACCUUCACAGCAGGACUCUGGAAGUUUCAUGUUGCUAUCAUAAUGUUCUGUCAAUAGUAAGCUCUUCGGUAGAUAUUGCUCACAUCGUAGAGGGUGUUUGGCUCUGUCUAUGUCGAAUGGUCGACGAAUUCUUAUCCGGAGCUAUUCCCGCGCAUCGUAGAACGUUGCACUUUUGGAACACGGACAUGAUUUGCUUACCAGGUAAAGACCCUCAGUAUGAGGCCACCACUUUAAACGCAUUCUCAUUCGGUUGAGCGAUUGUCACUCAAUGCAAAGGUCCGUUCCGUUGUA